AUGAUGAGACGGAGAAGCGUUUACAAUUUCGAUCAGGAGAAGCAUGGCUAUUUAAUGAAUCAUAUUUCUUGGCUUAAUUUUAUGAGCUUUAAUUGGAUAACACAACUUUUAAGAUGUUUUAAAAAUGAUGAUUUUAUAUUACCUUGUAUUGAAGAAACGAAUUCUAUAGAAUAUUAUAGCAAUAAUCUCAAUAAGAAUGUUAGAAAUAUACAGUUAAAGAAAUAUAAUAAAUAUAAUAAAUAUAAUAAAUAUAAAAAUAAUUGUUGUAAUAAUAACAAUAUUAAUGAUGGUAAUAGAAGUUGUUGUGAGUGUUCAUCAAAGAAAAGGAAAAAAAAUAAUAUUAAUAAUAAGACAGAAGAUUAUUUUUCAAAGAGUAAUACUAUUACAUAUGCAGUUUUAAAAACAUUUAAAAAAUAUUUAAGUUUAAUUAGUUUCUUUCAUAUAAUACAUACCAUAUUUCUAAUAUUUGUUGCUGUUUGUAUUGAGAAAUAUGUCUUAUUAAUAAAAGGUGGUUCAAAUGUUAUAACGUUACCAUUUGGAUACAAAUAUUCUAAGAUAUUAUUUGGAUUUAUAGUUAUAUCAGUAAUUUGCAUUAGUCAGUUUUUUGAUGCCGUCCUUUGUUAUUAUGACUUUAGAUUAAGAGUUAAUAUGGAGGUUACGGUCAUGUAUUUUCUAUAUAAAAUAACCCUAGGUAAUUUCAACAAUCGGUUAAUUAAUAGAAAUGAUUUUGUUGAUAAAAAUUGUAAGGAUGGUGGUACUGAUAUGGGUGAUAUAUAUAAGAAUGACCAACCUAAACAACAUUACAAACAUAUUAGAGAUGACGAUUUGAUUAUUCAGAAUGAAGAUUGUAAAAACUCAACAAACAGUACGACUUAUAUUAAAAAUGGUGAGAAUCAAAUGAGUCAUAUAAACGAUUUUUCAAGCAUAAACAAUAUGUCGAUUACUAAUAAUAUGUCGUAUGUACAUAAUUUAUCGAGCAUGCAAAACCAAGAUGAGAAUAACAGUAAUAAAGUGUCUAGCAUGGAUAGUAAUACAAACGAUAUGAGCAAAACAACUUGUUUAACAUGCACAGGUUCAGAAUUUAAUAAAGAGGAGAAAAAAGAACUUUUAGAAGAAGAAAAGAAAAAAGAUAAAGAAGUAUUUGAUAUAAGUAUAUAUAAUAUUAUGUUUAUAGAUACACCUUUUUUAAUAUAUUUUAUAACAGCAUUAAUUGAAUUAGUUAAUAUGAUAUUAAAAUUUAUUAUAUCUUUUUAUAUGUUUCAUUAUAAAAUGGGUAGUGCAGCUGUAUUAAACGGUGCUUUGUUAAUUAUAAUAAUGUAUGGAUUAAUGUUUGCAUUUGAAUUUUCAUCGAGCUUAUUUAAAUUGAAAUAUUUAAAAUAUCGUGAUACAAGAAUUAGUAAUAUGCAUCAUAUAUUAAAAGAAUUCAAAUUAAUGAAAAUAUUUAAUUGGGAAUCUAUAGCAUUUGACUAUGUAAAUAUGUUUAGAAUAAAAGAAAUGAGGAUAUGCAAAAUAAGAACAUAUUUAAGUUCUUUAAGUAAUUAUAUUAAUAAUAUAUCUGUAAAUAUUGUAGAAGUAGCUAUUUUCUUUUUUUAUAUAAGAAGUGAAUUAAAAAGUAAUAAAACAGUCAGCUUCAGUUCUUUAAUUACACCUCUUUUUGUAUAUAAAUCAUUAAUAUCAGGUGUAUCUAAUUUUCCAAAUAUUAUAAAUAAUUUAAUAGAAGGUGCUAUAAAUAUUAAACGUAUUAAUAGAUAUAUAACUUAUUAUUUAUUUAAUAAUGAUAUAAAUGAUUAUUUUGAACAAAAAUUAUUAAGUGCUAAUAAAAAUAAGGCAAACCGCACAAAAAAAAAAAAUGGUAAUGAUGAUCAUUUUUAUGAUGACAAUUAUUAUUAUGAUGAUGAUGAUUAUUAUGAUGAUGAUGAUUAUGAUUAUGAUGAUGAUCAUUUUUAUGAUCAUGAUAAUCUUUAUAGUGACAAUAACAUGGACUACAAUAUAACCAUCAAUAAUAAAAAUAAUUGUAAAUCCAAACAAGGAAAAAAAAAUAAAAUGUUUUCAAAAAAUAAUUAUUUAAAUCAUGAUGAAGGAACCAUGCAAAGUUUUUACAAUUUCUUGGAUACACACAAAUAUAAAAAAAAAAAAAAUAUAAUAGAAAAAAAAAAUGAUACCCAAAAUAUAACAAAUAAAAAUGAGGAGAUACAAAGAUGUAAUAGUAAUUCAUCCAAUUGUAAUAACAAUAAUUAUUCUGUAAGUGAAAGUGAUAAUUUAUUAUUUGAAAAGAAAAAAAGAAAAGACUCCUAUUCAAAAAACAAAUUUGUUAAUAAUGAUAAUAUAGUGAUAUGCAUGAAAAAUUGUUAUUUCGCAUCCAAAAAUAAUGAUGAUUAUAUUUUAAAAAAUAUAAAUUUCAUAUUAAAAAAUAAUUCUGUUGCUAUUAUAGUUGGAAAUGUGGGAUGUGGAAAGACAAUUUUUUUUAAUUCAUUAUUAGGUCAAUUUAAAUUAGAAUGUGGUAGUUUUUAUUUAAAAAAUUAUAUAUAUAAUUAUAUGCCUAUUUUAUAUGUACCACAAUUUAAUUGGGUGUCUCUAGGUAGUAUAAGAUCUAUGAUAUUGUUUGGAAAUAAAUAUGAUGAAUCUAUUUAUUAUGAUGUCAUAGUAAAAAGUGAAUUAUAUCAUGAUAUAAUAACUUUUAAAAAAAAAGACAUGAGAUAUAUAAGUGACGAACAUAGCUUGAGUAAAGGGCAAAAAGCUAGAAUUUGUUUAGCUAGAGCAUUAUAUCAUCAUUAUUUACAUAGAAAGCGUAUGAAUCAAUAUUAUGAGAACAAUGAAAUAAUAAAUGAUAAAAUAAAAAGAACAUCUUUAAAAAAUAAUGAUAAUCAUCACAAUGUAGUGAAAUCUAAUCAUAAUGUUCAUCCGAUUCAUAAUAAUCACAAUGAAGAUAAUAAAGAAUCAUAUAAAAAUAAUUCCAUUCACAACAUUAAAGAAGAAAGAAAUAUAUCUUAUUUAUACCUAUUGGAUGAUGUAUUCACAUCUCUAGAUCCAUGUAUUUCCAAAGAUAUCUUUUAUAAUUUAUUUUGUGACAAUGAAAAGAUACAACAUUUUAAAAAUAACAGUAGUUUUGUUUUAUCUAUAAGUGAAAUUAUAUUAAAUAGUUUUAUAUCAAGUAGUUGUAUUCUUAAUAAUAUACAAUAUGAUGUGUCAAUAUAUAAGUUAGAAAACAAUACACUACAUUAUGAGGGCACUUUAUUAGAUUAUAUAAAAAAAAGUAAUAUAGUAGUAAAGGAAGAUAUUAUUCAAACGAAUAAACAAAGUGAAAAAAAAAAAAGUUUAUCAUAUGACCAAGUCAAAUCAAUGUUGAGUUAUAAUGACGAUUAUCAUUAUUGGAAUUGUUCAAAAAAAAAGAGUGUCACUGAAAAGAUGGAUAUCUACAAGAAUAAUAUUAAUGAUAAAGAUAAUACUAAUAAGGAAGUGCUUUCAUGUGAAAUAAAAACAGAAAAGCAAUGUAACAAAAUGGAUUCUAGUGAAGACAAUUUAGACAAACAUAAAAAUAAUAAUAGUAAUAAUAAUAAUAAUAAUAAUAGUAAUAAUUAUGAUAAUAAUAAUUAUAAUUAUUUUAAUAAACCAAGUGGACUUAAAAAAAUACCAAGUGGAGAUAUAAAAUAUAACAAAUUUAUGGUAUUAAAACAAUUGAAAACAAUUUAUUCCUUCAAAACUAUUUAUUCUUUCAAUACAGAAGAAACAAAUGAUCUUGAAAAUAAGAAAAUAUAUUGUAGAACAUAUACUAAGGUUAUUCAGAAUUAUGAUAAUGAUUGUUUAGAAAAAAAGAAAAGCUUUAGAAAUUAUAAAAGUAUUAAUAGUUAUAAUGAGAUUUUAAUUAAAGAGAAUAAAGAUUUGUGUGAUGAUAAAUGGUUUGAAAAUGAUUAUAUGGAUGAAUAUGAAAAAAUAAAAAAGACUGUUUUAUCUCAAUUGAAAUAUAAUUAUUAUAUAUCUUGUGAUUAUAAUAAUAAUGAUAAUAAUGAUUAUAAUGAAGAAUUAAAAUUUCGAGGAAAUAUAAAAUUAGAAACAUUUUGGUGGUAUUUAAAAAAGAUUGGAAGACCUUUAAUUAUUGUUAUUAUUAUAUUUAUGUUAAUAUCUAUAUUUACUGAUGAAAUAAAAAAUUUAAUAUUAUUUUUAGCUAGUACAAUAUUAAAAAGUGGUGAUAAAAAAGAUGAAGAAGUUUUAAAUCAGCAAUUAGUAUAUUUAAAUUAUUUUAUAUUAUUACCAUCCAUAUCUUUAUUAACAACAUUAGUAUGUUUCAUGUUAAUAGCACAUGGAAUUGUUAAAUCAGCUAUAAAAGUACACACAGAAGUAUUGCUUAGUAUAUUAUAUGCCCCUAUACAUGCAUUUUAUAGUAAUAAUCUUGGUAAUAUAAUUAAUAAAUUUAUAACAGAUGUAAAUAUAUUAGAUAAUGGAAUAAUUAAAAGAAUUUAUAAAACAUUUUAUACACUCUUUAGAUUUUUAUUUACACUCUUUUUAUUAAUAUAUAUGGUUAAAUAUACUAUUGUUAUAUUUCCAUUUAUUAUGUUAAUUAUAUAUUUUUUUGUAUUUAAUAAAUAUUCUAAAGGAUGUAAAGAAGCACAAAGAGGAUUUUUAGCAUCGCAUGCACCUUUAUGUACCAUUUAUAGUAAUACUAUAAUAGGAAAGGAUGUUAUUAAUUUAUAUAAAAAAAAUAAAUAUUUUCUAACAUUAUAUAAAGAAAAAAUAUUUGAUUUUAGAAAUUACACUAUAUUUAAGUGGUCAAUAACUAUAUGGGCAUCUUUAUAUGUACAGUUAAUAGUUUUAGCUUUAACCUUUUUUUAUAUCAUAUAUCCCCAUUUCUUUUUUAAACAUUCAAAACAAGAGCAUGAUAUUAACUAUGAAAAAGAAGCAAGUACCAUAGGUUAUUGUAUCACUUUUUCAUGUAGUCUUGGUUUUGUUAUUAAAAGCUUGUUAUAUGAUUACACACAUGUAGAAAAAGAAAUGUGUAGUACCCAAAGAUUAGAAGAAUGUUCAAAGAUGAUUAAAGAUGAAGGCUAUUCUGAUGAUAAUAUAACUUCUCAAAAUAAUGAAAAAAACUAUCAAGAUAAUAAUAUAAAUAAAUAUAAAUCUGCACAUCUUCCAUACCAUAAUAAUGAAAAAGAUAAAUUAAAAAAAUACAAAACAGAAGAACUUCAUAAUCAAAAGGAUGAUACCUAUUCUAUAUAUAACGAUAAUUAUGAUGAUAAUGAUGAUGAUGAUGAUGAGAAUGAGAAUGUGUUACAUAAUAUGGAUAUCCUACAACCAAAUGAUAUUCAAAAUAAUAAGAUGAAAAAAUUACAUAGCAACCCCCAAUUAGUUAAUAAUAUAAAAUAUGGUAUUUGUUUCGAAAAAGUUUUUGUCAGUUAUAAAAAGAAAAUUUGUAUUGAUAGAAAAAAUAAUAAAUAUGAAUAUGUAAAUGAAAAAUCUUGUUUAAAAAAUAUAAAUAUAUAUGCUUUAAAAAAUCAAAAAAUUGGUAUCGUAGGGAAAUCAGGUGCAGGAAAAAGUACUAUGAUAUUAUCUAUUCUUGGUUUAAUAGGUACUACUAGAGGAAGAAUUACUAUUGAAGGAAGAGAUAUAAAAACCUUAUCCUUAGAUGAAAGAAAAAAUAUUAUUGGAGUUUUACCACAAUCUUCUUUUGUAUUCUUUCAUUGGAAUAUUAGAACAUUUAUAGAUCCAUAUAAAGAUUUUACAGAUAACGAAAUUGUUGAUGCUUUCAAAUUAAUAGGAAUUAAUUUAUCUUAUGAUGAUCUAGAUAAAUUUAUUUAUAAACAACAACGACAACAAAAAAAAAAAAAAAAAAAUACACAUAAUUUAUGGAAAAAAAAAAGUUUUAUUGAUUUAACUAAUUCUAUCUCCUUAUCAGAUGAAUGUAUUAGAUAUCUAUCAUUAGUACGUCUUUUCUUAAAUAGACAUAAAUAUAAACUCAUUCUAAUCGAUGAAAUACCUGUACUCAAUUUAUGUUAUACUACCAAACAAUUAAACAACUUCUUUACAACAGAUAUUAAAUCUUUUGAUUAUAUUAUCAGAACAUUCUUUCAAAACACUACUGUACUUAUUAUUGCACAUGAUGCAAGUACACUCUCAUGUUGUGAUUUUAUUUACGUCAUCGCAAAAGGAGAAGUAGUCUAUAAAUGUAGUAAUAAAGAUGUUCAAACACAAACCGAAUUAGCUAACUUGCUUCAAGAAAAACAAUUAAACUGA